AUGUCAGCAGGAAACAUCAGCUUUGUUAAGGACUUUUUCAUUGUUGGUUUUCCUGGGCUUCAAACAGGAUACUAUGGCACAGUUGCUGCUCUGUUGCUUUUUGUCUAUGUGUGUAUCUUGGCAGGGAAUGGAAUAUUUCUUGUACUUUUUACUCUAGAAAAAUGCCUUCAUAAACCUAUGUAUUAUAUCAUCUUAAACCUGGUUGUAAGUGACUUAUUAUUUAGCACCACUACCUUACCAAAAAUUAUUGCUAGGUACUGGUUCCAAGAUGGUAGUAUUUCAUUUAUUGGUUGCUUCGUUCAAAUGUAUUUUGUGCAUUAUUUUGGUUCAGUCAAUUCUGUCAUCCUGGCAGUUAUGGCCUUUGAUAGGUAUGUAGCCAUCUGUAAUCCUUUAAGGUAUCCUGAUAUAGUCACAAGGUUGAACAUUUCCUGUCUUUGUCUGGCAGCAUGGGUGCUAUCACACGCAGGCCCUUUAAUGAUGUCAAUAAGGGCUUACCCUCUGCCUUACUGUGCAGGAAACACAAUUAUACACUGUUAUUGUGAUCAUAUUUCUAUCACAUCCCUUGCAUGCACUAACAGGGCACCGUACAGUGUUCCAGCCUUUGUAUUUGCUAUGGUUGUGCUGCUCGGCCCUCUGGCCUUCAUUGUUUUCUCUUACUGUGCCAUCAUUGUGGCAGUUCUGCAUAUAUCAAGCGCUCAAGGAAGACUGAAGACUUUUUCCACCUGCAGUCCUCAGCUUGUCAUAAUUGCUCUUUAUUUUCUACCCAGAUGUUUUAUUUAUUUGUCUAGCGUCAUUGGUAUCAACUUUAGCACUGAUUUGCGAUUAGUCAUUAUUAUGUUGUAUAGUUUGUUUCCACCAAUGAUCAAUCCCCUCAUUUACUGUUUAAGAACAAAAGAUGUCAAGGAAACCCUACUUAAAAGGAUAACAGUUUCAACAAAUCCCUUAUUUAAAUCAACAAAAGUGAAUGUAUCCACUGUAUGUGCAUAA